AUGAGGAAUAAGGGGAGUUGAUUGGAGCUUUCUUAUAUUCUCCUUAAUCACAGUCAUAUGGUAGACUUCUUUUUAAGCAAACUGGAAGGGGAAGGAGCGAUGGCCACGGAAAUGUGUGGCGUGUGCUGUAGUUCUGCAGGCGAGCUGCCGCGUCUGGUUUAAAGGGUGAAUCAGAGCAAUCUUGUUCCGAGGAUGCACGGGAAGCUGAAGGGUUCGGAAGGCUUUGCCGGCGAGACUCACCAGGAGAUCUGAGAGAGGCGGGCGCAACGGGAGAAAAAAAGGCUGCUAAGUGAAAUAAGGAAGGGACAGAGAGAAAAAACGAGAUUGGAAACCACAAGCAAAUCAGAGCUGCCGCUCCUGCCGUUUCUGCUGCUGCUGCUGCUUUUGCGAUGAACUGGCUAGACGAACCAAACUGGCAGCUUCACGUUUCCUUGCUGGUGCUCCUCUCCGUGCACACCAGGGCCAGUUUCCUAGACAACAGACCCUUGCGUAGCUCUGGAAAAGUGAACAUGGAAACGAGGAAGGAAGAUGGCGGAAGCACAGUGGCUCCUCCCCCGCAGAAGAUACUGUUAUGCCACUGUCAUCAUCACUGUCCUGAAGAAUCAAGCAACAACACCUGCAAAACGGAUGGCUAUUGUUUUGCCAUGAUAGAAGAUGAGGACUCCGGAGGGCAGACUGUUACCUCAGGCUGUCUAGGGUUAGAAGGCUCCGACUUCCAGUGUCGGGACACUCCAGUGUCUCACCCACGAAGAUUAAUUGAAUGUUGCACAGAUCAAGAUUUCUGUAACAAAGAUCUUCACCCGACACUGCCACCCUUAAAAAAUCGAGAUUUUCCAGAAGGAAACGUCCACCACAAGGCCUUGCUGAUUUCGGUGCCGAUCUGUAGCGUGCUUCUUGUCUUCAUCAUCCUGUUCUGUUACUUCAGGUAUAAAAGGCAAGAGAGCCGGCCUCGUUAUAGCAUCGGGCUGGAGCAAGACGAGACUUACAUUCCACCGGGAGAAUCCUUGAAAGACCUUAUUGAACAGUCUCAGAGUUCAGGAAGUGGAUCUGGGCUCCCUCUGCUGGUGCAAAGGACUAUAGCAAAGCAGAUCCAGAUGGUGAAGCAGAUUGGCAAAGGUCGUUACGGAGAGGUCUGGAUGGGGAAGUGGCGCGGGGAGAAAGUGGCCGUCAAGGUUUUCUUCACCACAGAAGAAGCCAGUUGGUUCCGAGAGACGGAGAUCUAUCAGACUGUCCUGAUGAGACACGAGAACAUUUUGGGGUUCAUCGCUGCGGACAUUAAAGGUACAGGAUCCUGGACUCAGCUGUAUCUGAUCACAGAUUACCACGAGAAUGGCUCCCUGUAUGACUAUUUGAAAUCCACUACCUUAGAUACAAAAGCCAUGCUGAAGCUGGCAUAUUCUUCAGUCAGCGGAUUGUGCCACUUGCACACUGAGAUUUUCAGCACUCAGGGGAAACCAGCUAUUGCACACCGUGACCUCAAAAGCAAAAAUAUUUUGGUGAAGAAGAAUGGAACUUGUUGUAUAGCAGACCUUGGUCUGGCAGUUAAAUUUAUAAGCGAUACAAAUGAGGUGGACAUCCCACCAAAUACCAGAGUAGGAACUAAACGCUAUAUGCCUCCUGAGGUUUUGGAUGAAAGCCUGAAUCGGAAUCAUUUCCAGUCGUACAUCAUGGCCGACAUGUACAGCUUUGGGCUCAUCCUUUGGGAAAUAGCAAGAAGAUGCGUUUCAGGAGGUAUUGUUGAAGAAUACCAGCUUCCAUACCACGACCUUGUGCCCAGCGACCCCUCCUAUGAAGACAUGAGGGAAAUUGUAUGUAUGAAGAAGUUACGGCCUUCGUUUCCCAAUAGGUGGAGCAGUGAUGAGUGCCUAAGACAAAUGGGCAAACUCAUGACAGAAUGCUGGGCUCAUAACCCCGCUUCCCGGCUCACAGCUCUCCGAGUAAAGAAAACACUUGCCAAAAUGUCAGAGUCACAGGACAUUAAACUCUGAUCCAGAUGACAAAAAGCAUCUCUUUUGCUAAAGCUCUGAAAAAAUGGACUUUCCUUCAUGUUUCCAAGAGACAGGAAGAGGAGUGAUAAGCCUUCGUUAUUAUCAAUCUUGAAUGCAGUCCUUCAGCAAAGAAUUUUUAUCUAGCACAGAAAACAUUUUUGGGAACCCCGAGAAGGAUCGUAUCAACAUCUGCUUCAAGAUAAUGCAUGCUGCUUUCUGUGAAAGCCCAUAAUAAUAAUAUUAUUAUGACUAUUAUUAUUAUUAUUAUUAUUUGGAUUGUUUAAAUUUUAUGAAGAUGAACCUUUGAAAUACAAAGUAGAAUUAUAUUGUUACAUUAAAGGGGAAAAAUCAAAAGAAAUCUCAUCUGAAGUUUAAAUCAAAGUGACUAUUAUUUCCCAUUGAUUUAUUGCACUCCACAACAAAGUACCUGCUGUGUUCUGAAAUGAAAGGAGGGUACAAGAGCAACGGGCUUAUAAGUGACCUGCUAGUUGUGUUUGAUGUAAACUGUGCCUCUUCUAAAAUACAACCUACCCCAAGUUAUAUAAGUUGCUGUCAAUUCAAUAUUGCUCUGCUGAUGUCCCUGGUUCUUAAACCUCAGUGAAUGAAUCUUUAGAGCCUCCUCAUUCAUUUCCAGGGCAGUUAUGCAGCAGAUGUGUGGCCCAGUGGGAUAUGGCCAGAGGCUGGUAUUUCUCAGAUCCCCAAAGCCAUGGACCAGUAAGGGAAGUGUUAUGGUAUUUGGCAACGUGCUUUUCAACCCUUUGUAGUCUUCCCCAUCUUUAAUAUUUUGUGAAAUUUUAGGACCAUCUGCAGUUUGGCUCCCCCCCCCUCAAAAACAAUGUUUUGAUAAGAAUGUCAUUGAAUAAAAAAUUAAUUUAAAAACAAACCAAAGUUGGACAUGGUUACUGGCCUUUCAUUUACCAGCAAAAUCACUGAUAAAUGAAACUGUUGCAUUUCAAAAGCUUUGUCUUGUUAGAAAGUGAACAGUGUUGACAAAGGGAAGAGCUUUGUUUAAUGGCUGUGUAAAAGAGAAUAUUGACUUCAGAGAAAAAUACUGAGAGGUAUUGGAUGUAUGCUUACCCUGACAUUCUAAGGAGGAGAAUUUGAGUGAAAUUAAGGAAUUGCUGUACCCUGUAGCAGAGGACCAUCUAUAAAGAUUUCUUGCUCAGUAAUAGAUAUGAACCUUACAGUCAUGCAUAAUGCCAACUUCUUCCUAAAAUGGCAGGAAGAUAAUUUACACAUGAAGUGUAUUUUCAAAAAUAUACACUCCUUCUCGUUUGUUUUAAAGAAGACAUGUUGAGAGUUAUUUCAGAAGGGGCUUUAUGUUUUCAACAGGUUGUGUCAUUUUUGUCUCUUGUCCUGAUUCCCUCUCCAGUUGUAGAAGAGAAGAAUCUACCUGAUCUUUUUGUGGUUUUUAUUUUUUUAAACAAAUGGGUGUAUUGUUGAAUUGUCUUUCUGUAACUAUAUUCAUAGAGGUACCCUAUAAUUUGGGCUGGAAUCCCAAGAAUUGUUAAGGUGCUUCUCUGCAUGUUCUAAUACUUUUUUUUGGGGGGGGGGAGCCUCCUUCCUGCAGCAGCCCCCACAAGGUUACUUGUAAGAGUGGUACAUGAGUCAGAAGCCUGAAGGCAAAAAUCCAUGUGCCAGAGCCAAAAGGCACAUUUAUGGGGCUGUUUCAAUUCCAGGCUUGUUUUAGAAUCAUGUGUGCAUUCACUGAUCUUUUUUUUUCUUUCCCAGUGAAAAACCUGCCCAUAAAUUAUGAAUACUGCUCCAGUUAUGUUCAAAGUGUGAUUUUUUUUUAAAAAAAGGUAUGUCUAAAAUGGACAUACACAGUUAACCUUGAUUUGUAUUUUCUAAUAUGUCUCGAAUUUUCCAUGUGAAGUUUACCAGAGUGGCUUUUGGACUGUUUUUCGUCCAAGUUGCACUAGUAAGUAGGGUACAGAAGAUGAGCAUCUGAAAUGGCAACAUCAUUGGAAGGGCCUUUUGUAAUUACUGCUGUGCCUCCAGGGGUCACUGUGCAACUUCUUAUUCCGAAAGUUCUGGCAUCGGUAGGUCAUAAAAAAUGAAAAAGCUACAGGGUUGGAUCCCACAAGUACAGCCAUCAGGCAUUCUCUCCUGCCUUACAAAGUUAGUGGACAUCAAAGGUUUUUAACAUAUUGGAGAUAGAGCAGCAUGUGUGAAGUGAAACACUUUGCUGUGAUAAGCUGGAAGUGCAUAAAAUGUAAUUGGCAGUUAGAACUUGUUUCAGAUUCUGACUUCAGAGAAGGAUACUGAUAUGUAUUGGCUUUAUGCUUACCUUGGAAUUCUAGGGAGGAGAGCUUGUGUGAUAUUAAGGAAUUUCUGUACCUUCUGGCAGAGAACCAUCUAUAAAAAUUUCUUGUUCAAGAAUAGAUGUGAACCUUACAGUCAUGCACAAUGCCAGCUUCUUCCUAAUAUAUAGUCUCCUCCAGUUGGGUGCCUUACAUCCUAAUGCUGUGAGUGAUGAUUAGCUAAUGGAGGCUAAGAAAGCCUCAAGAGUCUGUUCUGGCUCAGAUUGAGAGGAAGUUGACCCAUGUAGAUUUUGCCACAUCAUAAAAGCAUAUUCACAGGAUCUGAUUGAAAACUCCCAACCUUCUAAGACAAAAACCCCAGAAGCAUUUAAAAAAAACAAACAAAGCAAAAUUAAUGUAAAAGCAGAAUUCCCCAUUCUAUCCACUAUGUUACUAUACUUUUUUGUGUGGUUUCAUCCAGCUACAAACAUCCUGUUUUGUUUGCACAGUGAAGGACAGAAAUCUGUUAAACGAAUUUUGAGUAGAUCCUACCUGAUAAAAUUUGAAUGAAAGAUAAAGUGAAGUUCAGAUAAGUAAUGUGAGAUACUCAAAUAAAUAGACAAUUAACUGUUCAAAGUCUUGAAAGCCUUUUCAACAGGUGCUUUGAAAUCUUUAAAGACAUCACAGAAGGGUCAAUGGGCAGAAGCCUAUGAUGUGCCAAACUAAUAAAGGCACUUUAACCAAAACUUGUGGGCCUCCUCAGUUAUGCUGACAUAAUUCUUGCCCUGCCAUAGAAAUUCCCUAUUGUAUCUUCCUGUACCUUGUAGCUUGUUCAGAUUUCAGAAGGACUAGGUUUUGCCAAUUGUGAGAAACUAAAAGGUGAUAUAUACUGAGAUCACAUCAGUCUGAUUCUGGUUUUUGAGAAAAAACGUGUUCUUAACCUACAGUCAGUAUCUUAUAAUAUGGUAAAAUGUGGAUAGAUUUGCGGUGCUGUUCAGUGUGUGAUGGUCUGUUUCUCUGAUUGUCCAAUUCACAACCAGCCCUCUUAAAGUUUUGGAACGGGAUUUAUCAAUGCUGAAAUAAUCAUGUGAUGAAAAAUGGACUUGCUGUUAGCCAGCUGUAGAAUUGCACUAUCAUCAACUGAACUUCAACAGGAAAUCUAAUUAAUCCACAUUUUACAUUGCAAGAAUUCUUCAGUCAUAACAUGUUGAUUUCCCACACAAAUAAGUAGCCAUGUUAAACCAAAUCUCCCCCCCACCUUUUUUUGGGUUAAGAGUCCUAUGUAUGUUGGACUUUUUGUUGUUGUAGCUUGAUACCGUUCCUUUGGCGAACACAAACAAGGUUUCAAAAAGGCCUAAUCGCUCCAAGUUACUAUACCAUUUAAAGACUAAAAAAAAAUUUCAUUUAUGGACUCUAAAAUAAAGGCAAGAUGCCAGAUGGCAGGCCAUAUAACAUUUUCUUGUGUAUGGCCUGUAUUUUUUUUUAAUUGUGUGUGUGUAUAUAUAUGAUUUUGAUUUGGGAGUCUGGAGCUACUCCAUUUAUUUGGAUUAAGAGUAAACUAUUGCAGAUGAUAAAGCACUAAAUGAAACUUAUUUAUUUAUGAGAACUUGUAGUUGACAAUUCACGAUUGCGAUAUGAUAUGAGGGGGGAAAAUGGGACAUUUAACACUGCGCAGAGAAGGGCAAAGUUUUUUUUAAAAAAAAUUUACUUCAGUUUUUCCAGAAGACUUGAAGGGUUAAUUUUCUCUCGCUCACUGAACAAAAAUUAUGCAUCAUGGGCUUUUGAAAGAACAGUCAGCAUUCACAAAAAAUCCUCCGCAGUUCUUUCAUGACAAAAAUAAAUGUGACUUAUUCAUGCACAUGUGUCCCUCCUUCUUCUGGAAUUCAAGUCUUUCUGGUUCAGGAAGUCUUCAUCUAACUAAUGUUAGCCUUGGCAUCUAAUUUGGACCACAUGAAAAAAAAUUGUACUGUAAAGUCUGGUUAUGAAGCCUAGCUGGAAGGUAAGAUACAUCCAACCAGGAUUAAGCCAUGGUUUCAAAUCUAGGUAAGACAUCAACCACAGUUUGGAUUUUGCAACCAAAUCUGGGAUUUUUAAAAAGCUCCAUUUGCUAAGGGGGGAGAGACCCUGCAAGUCUGGGAACAAACAAGGUGUUUUUUUUCCAUCAUGAACAAACUUCUGUUUGUUUGUGCUGCAUGAAUGUAGCUGAUGUCUCCAGCUAUGGUGUGCUUUGGGCACUAACAUUUGACUUACCACAUUUCUAUUCGUGCAGCCAGGCAACCUCUUUUCCAGGGAUUAACUGACUGUCAUUCACAUUUGUAAGGGCCAUUAAAAUGAUGUCAUGCUACUGGUCAUUAGAACGCACCCUAUACGUAGGCAUUUGUGAAAACAACAUGUAACACAACUUUGGGGGGAAAAGAGUUUUCAGGGUAAUGUAAAGUAAAACAGGUAGAGUUUCUAUUGAUGGUAGGUAUAGUGGGAAGAGAAAACUUCAAGGAGACGGAUAACUUUUUGCCCUUUGCUAGCACAGCACAAGUUAUUUCUUUUGAAGAAAGGUUAAUAAUGUAAUUUUUAUUAUAAUAAUUUGUGUUCUUUUUUGAGAACCAGUGCCUUAUUCAAUCUGUAAAUAGUAUGUUUGUAAAAACUAGGGAACAAACCUAUGUUAUAAUUGUUCGAGAUGGUAUAUGUCUGUUUUAACAUUCCCCAAUAAAACGUUUUCAGCUCCCCAUUAAAA